CACUCUCUGGAUUUCACUGUUAUUCCAUACUUCCCCGGAAGGGGCAUCAGACGAACGGUUGGGGAACAGUCCUGCAAUCCCACCUGGCGCAUUAGGCACGAAUACUUGCUCUCGAUCUUUCUAUUCCCACGGGAACAAUAACUUUGCCGGGUUGGGGGAUAUAAAACGUGUGCUGGGGAAACUUUAUAUCAGAACCCAACAUUUCCGGUUUCCCAUUUUCUCUCAUCGGAAGGAGUGGUCACAAACACUGCCUUUAAUUCUAUUCCUCCUUCACUCUCAUUUGCCGCUGAUUCGGGCCCGCAAUUUCUUUCCUUUUCCCCAGCUAUUCACCUUCCCUUCCUUCCCCUUCCUUCCACAGAAUUCACCCCCGUCAAUUGAGUCUUCCAAUACCACGAACCUGAGGCACCUACCCGCCGGGAAGCACUGGACGAAAAGUGUAAUAUUUACCGAUUUGAUACCCACGCUUUGAAAUGCCGGACGCAACGCUUUAUGGCAUCGUGAGUCUCAUGGCAGUGGCGGGAGUGCUGUAUCUAUCCUAUAGCCGCCGAACAGCUCCACCUUUUAUUUUGGCAGACAGAAGCCGUCGAACUCCUGUUGAAACUGCCGGCACUCCGCCACGCUCGUUGACACCUAGCCUUGCUUCCGAGAAGGAUACCAAAGCGGAAGAUAUCGCCAGACCUGAAGACGUUUCAGGGUAUUCCUUUCCUCAACCCACUGCCCCGGCCCCGAAUAGGAGAAAGCCCUCGAUUACAGCUCUUAUGACCAACCUUUUACCCACAUCACGGCGUGGCUCAGUGGCCUCGCCCUUCACGAGUACCACCACUGAUGGUGAGGGAGGUGCCUUUCCGCCUGUCGUUAACCGCUCGAAAGAAGAGAUUGAGAGCCACGGCGACUUCCCGGAUUAUGCUGCUUUGACUGGGGUGAGACUGCCGGCUCCAUAUAUGGAGUUUGAUAUUGAAAAGGCACUACCGAGACCUUACCGACCAUUCCGCUGGGCAUAUCAUCAGACUAUGUGUAUGUUUCCCUGAACCCUGACCCUUCAUAUUUUUGUUUCACUAAGGUGAAUCAACUCCUCGUUUCCGCUGUUCUGGGACCCAACUUAGGGGCCCGGGUUGUUGCUGUUGCCUUUCGGCUUGGGCAGUUUAUAUUGAGUGAGCGCUGAUGACCGAGCCUAGCACUAACGAAAAUGGAACCUGACUGGUGGCUCGAGUUGGAAAAUACUUAUGUGGAUCGGAUCGCCCAACGAAAAUCACUGUACAUCCAACACGGGAAGCAGGUCCUCGAUUACCUCCCGGGAACUGAAGCUGCUUGCAAGGAACUAAUGGAAAUGUGUUUGGAAUUUCUGGUCGCUCGGUACCCCCACUACUUUGCCCUUAGGGGCCGCCACACAAACCCUGUUUUCGGGAAUAAGAUACUCGAUAAAGAAUUCCGCAUCAAGGAGAUGCAUCCACUGCAUGUUAUUCUUGAGAAUAUUCCCGAAGAUUUUGCGAUUACCCUGCAGGAUGACCAGGGAUUCUAUUCAUUCAGGGCGGGGGUUAUUUGCAGCAGUCUUGGAUGGAAUCUCGGGACCAAAAUUGGAAUGAAGCUGCACGAGAUUCACAAACCGAUCCCAGAUUACAAGGAGAAGAUGCAAAAGUCGAUGGACCGGUACCUUUCCUCGCGCGUUUUUUCCCGGCGCCCCUUCUAACAUUGACUAGGUACUUUACCAAAAUGCAAACCAACAAACCCAUCCAACGCGGCUCUUGGGGCCUAGAAGUUGGGCAACCACUUUUCAUGCCCCCUGGUGACCCCCAUGAAGCCUAUCGCGCAGCCCAGUCCCCAUCGAUCACUCUUGACGAUGUGAAUCUCCGCGUGGAUUGGCAAACACUCCGUCGCCUUCCAUUGUCUGGUGCUGUUGUAUUCAAUUUCAAGGCGCUGUUCACACCGAUUCAGGAAUUCAGAGACGAACCUGGAAUUCCCCAGUUGGUUUCGAAGGUUCUCAAAGAAGGCAAGAAGAACCUGAUGGAGUAUAAGAAUACCUGGCAUGUUGAGCACAUUGCGCUUCCUGCGCUGGAGGAGUGGUCCAAAGAACAGGCAGAUGAGGGGUUGAUGCCGGAAGGAUGGGAAGUCUCGACAUUGGCAGAGAGUCCGUGGUUUAGGGGAUGGAAGGAGAAGUGGCAUCGGCAACAGGGAUUCUAGAUUUCUAGGCUAUGACUCAUGAGAUUAAUGGGUCUUAUAUUCUGAGUUUGGAGUGGUUUCCGAGAAUUGGGUUUGGUGGACGUGUAAAAAAAUUUCUUUCCUCCUCACUUGUUUGUCUGCCUGCAUUCUCUUUUUAUACCUGGUUGGGGAGUCUGCGUUUUCUUGGGCUAUCAUGUCUGGUUUUCUUUUUUUUCCCCUUUUUUCUUCGUUUUCUCCUGCUUCUGUCCUUGCUAGAGUCCCAGCAGGAAAAAAGAAGUGGAAGAUCAUCGAGCAUACAAAUGCGCUCCCCAGGGAGACGUAGGGAAUAAUGGUGUUAUGAGUUGGAGACGUUAGCACCUGUAUAUUACUGGUUACACGAACACAAAUGCUCGCCAUUGUAUAUUGGGUAUCUACUGAGUGUUCGUUUGACGGCGGUUCUAUAGUGAAUCACGGGCCGUGGGAAUUACUACCGUACUUGCGUAGCGCGGCAUAUGAAGGCGAAUUUGGGUGAUCAUCUGGGGUGUCUGGGAAACCCGGUAAGAUGGGAUUCUGGGUGACACUUUGUGCUUACUCUCACGCAGGAGGUGUGGGGAAAUAGCAUGAGGUAUGACAUGAUGAUGGGUAUGGUAUAUCAUUGAAGAGUGGGGUGGGAUCCUCCAGCGCAGCGUCCGCCAGAACCUCAUAACAGGAAGGAAGCAACUCGCCAGGAAACAAGGGUUAAGGAGACGCAAUAUUGUAUGAUGUGAUGGGAAAAAUCUACUUCCAUCUAAGGGCCAAAUCAAAAUACACCCCACCGGUUUUCUUUUCCCUUUUCCUUUUCCUUUCACGCACGACACCUCUUGCCCAGGGCAAGUAAGAUACGGUAUCAUAUGAUACAAUGAACAGACACACGACACAACCCUGCAAUUCCCAAGGCCCCUACAGUACGGCACAGCACACAAUCCCGCGCGCAGCCCGGUCGCAGCAGCGGCACUGCACGACGGUGAUUCCACACAUUAUAUCAUGAUUAGUCCUCACCGCACCACAGAAUGCCGAACCAAAGACUAUCGACCCGAGCACUAUCACACUCGCCAGGCAUUCCCUUCCUCCAUCCUCCUCCUCCUCUGGAACAUGGUGGCAAGAAACAAUG